CCCCAACCCGUGGGAGAGUUUCCAUCCCAAGAGGAAAUUCCCGCUGGUGGUGUACCAUCGGGAUGUGUCCCCCACCUAACAACCGAGUCAUGAUGACAUUUUUGGAAUGGCGCACCACAGAAGCUUCCGUAGUUAUGAUGAGUCCCGUCACAGCAUGCGGCGGGACGGCAAUAUCACUGACAAUCGUCGGCUCCAUCAUGCCGGGGAAGUUCCCGAAGGUGUCCCCUCACUUCGGUGGCUGCAGAUUGCUAGAUGCACGAAGAUUGGGGCCCUCGCGCUUCUCAUUAUGGUGGCCAAUCCCCCCCUCUUGCCCCCCUCAAUUUCACCCUUUCCCUUCACUCUCUGAACAGGUGGCUAAACGUCGCCCCUCUCGCCUAUCCUUCUCACUCCAUCCCGUCUAGUCUUUCUCCUUUCUUCUUCUCGGAUGCUCUAGAUACUUCAUAAGAAACCAUGAUUGCCAAAAAUCCCAAUGCUAACUACGCGAUCAUCCCGCUAAUUAUUAACAAUGAGUCGGUCGUGGCAGAUACCAUAUUCGACAUCACGAGCCCCGCGACGGGGGAGGUGAUUGACCGUUGCGCGGGGGCGACAGUCGACGAUGCCAAUCGUGCUGUCGCAGCCGCGAAGGCGGCUUUCCCCGGGUGGAGUAGCAUGAAGCCUUACGACCGCAGAGAUAUCCUGAUGAAGGCCGCGGACGUCAUGCUUUCGCGAAAAGAAGAGUUGAUCCGUUAUCAGAUGGAGGAAACGAAUGCGGGACGUUCGUUCGUGGAGAAAACAUUCAAGAUGGGAGUAACUUUCUUGAAAGAUUUCGCAGCCAGAAUCCCAUCUAUCGAGGGGGCAGUGCCAUCAGUUUCCGAGGAUGGAGAAUGCGCGAUGGUCAUUAAACAGCCUUAUGGUGUAGUGUUGGGAAUCGCUCCUUGGAACGCUCCUUACAUCCUCGGAACGCGCGCAGUCGCUCUACCCCUCGCCGCGGGCAAUACGACGAUCUUAAAGGGCUCUGAACUGGCCCCGAAGUGUUUUUGGGCAAUUGGAGACAUCUAUCGCGAAGCCGGCCUUCCUGCGGGGUGUCUGAAUGUCCUCUACCACCGAACAUCCGACGCUGCGGCGGUCACCAACGCUCUCAUCGCUCAUCCGGCCGUGCGCAAGAUCAACUUCACCGGUAGUACCACCGUGGGCUCUAUCAUCGCUUCUACUGCCGGUAAAUAUGUGAAGCCAGUGCUCCUCGAACUGGGAGGUAAAGCGUCGGCCAUUGUCCUGGACGAUGCAAACCUGGAAAAGGCCGCAUUGGCUUGUGCACAAGGUGCCUUUAUGCAUUCUGGUCAAAUUUGCAUGUCAACGGAGCGGAUUGUAGUACAACGAUCUAUUGCAGACAGGUUCAAGCCGCUGUUGGCGGACGCGGUGGAGAAAUUGUAUGGCAAACAAGGGCCGGCGUUCGGCCUCGUGGCUCCAGCUGCAGUUAAGAAGAACAAAGAGCUGGUAGAGGAUGCGCUGGCCAAAGGCGCCAACCUUGUCUAUGGCGACCUCGCGGCGGUCGAGCUCGACAACAGUAGCAUGCGGCCUUUGGUUGUUGGCGAUGUUGCCAAGAACAUGGAUAUGUACUCCAUGGAGUCAUUUGGCCCUACCGUGUCCCUCAUUGUCGUCGACAGUGACGAAGACGCCGUGGCGCUGGCCAAUGAUACGGAGUACGGCCUUACUUCAACGGUCUUUACGGGCAAUCUCUUCCGUGGGCUCAGGGUGGCCAAACAGAUCGAGGCAGGGUGAGUU